ACCACAUUCUCUCUCCCCGUCAAUUAAACACAUACAAAGUUUAAACACACCCCCACUUCCACCAAACGACACUUCUCAUUUUCUCUCUCUCUCUCUCUCUCCUCUCAUGUGUUUAUGUUUCUGUCUUCUUACUACUCCAACAAUAACUCUUUCUUUCUUCUACUUUCCUUUCCAACCUAAUUAAUUUAACCCAACCCAACCCACCAUGGCUAAGCUGGUGGUGGAGGUGCUAGACGCCUCUGACCUCAUGCCAAAAGACGGUCAAGGCUCCGCCAGCCCUUAUGCGGAGGUCGAGUUCGAAGAGCAGAGGCAGAAGACACAAACCAAGUUCAAAGACUUGAACCCAGUUUGGAACGAGAAGCUCGGUUUUGAAGUUCCCGACCUGCAGAACCUCGCCGAUAAAACCAUUGAGGUGACUGUCUAUAAUGAUAAGAAAUCCGGACACGGCCAUCAUAAGAACUUUCUUGGCCGUGUCCGGAUUUCUGGGGUUUCCGUUGCUGGAACGGAAACCCAAGCCUCAGUUCAGAGGUACCCACUUGAUAAGAGAGGGAUGUUCUCUCAUAUCAAAGGGGAUAUUGCUUUAAAGAUGUUUCUAGUGGAUGAUCCAAACUAUCAUUUCUCUCAUCCUCCCCUUCCUCUUCCUAUCAAGGAGGAGAGGAGAGAGAGUGAAGCUCAACUUCCUCCAUUUGAAGAAAUCAAUCCAAACAUUUCCUCUAAUUUUGGCAAUAAUUAUCAAGAAGAGCAUCAUCAUCAUAAUAAUCAUCAUAAUUUUGAUGAUGAUAUAAAGAAGAGUAAAAAGAAAGAGAAAGAUAAACAAGAAGUGAGGACUUUCUACUCAGUUCCAGCUAAAAGCCACACUCACACUCACAACCACAACCACAACUACUCACAAGAAGCUCCACCUCCCCAAGCUCAGACUCAUACACCUCAACAACAGUCAUAUCCCAAGACGGAAUUUCGGGCGGAUUUCAUGAAAGCUGCCCCACCACCCGCCAUGAUGAUGCAGGUUCCAGGGAAGAAGCCUGAUUACGAGCUCGUUGAGACUCGGCCACCGGUGGCGGCUCACAUGGGUUACAGAAAGGGGGAUAACAUUGGUAGCACUUAUGAUCUGGUUGAGCAGAUGCAUUACUUGUAUGCUAGUGUUGUCAAGGCUAGAGAUCUGCCUGCGAUGGAUGUUACAGGGAGUUUAGACCCAUAUGUGGAAGUGAAGCUUGGUAACUAUAAAGGGGUAACUAGGCAUCUUGAAAAGAACCAAAACCCUGUUUGGAAUCAGAUAUUUGCAUUUUCUAAAGAGAGAUUGCAGUCUAAUCUGCUUGAAGUUAUUGUCAAAGAUAAGGAUUUUGGAAAGGAUGAUUUUGUGGGGAGGGUAAUGUUUGAUUUGACUGAAGUUCCUCUUCGGGUUCCGCCUGAUUCGCCAUUGGCGCCUCAGUGGUAUAACCUGGAGGACAAAAAGGGGCAGAGAGGAAAUAGAGGUGAGGUAAUGCUGGCUGUGUGGAUGGGAACGCAGGCUGAUGAAGCAUUCCCAGAAGCAUGGCAUUCUGAUGCACAUUCCAUCAGUCAUCAUAACCUCGCACACACGAGAUCAAAGGUUUAUUUUUCCCCAAAAUUGUAUUACUUGAGAGUUCAUGUGAUUGAAGCUCAAGAUUUGGUGCCAUCAGAUAGAGGUCGACCUCCGGUGACACAAGUGAAGGUCCAACUAGGGAACCAGCUGAGGAUGACAAGACCUUCACCGAUGCAAACAAUGAACCCGAUUUGGAACGAUGAGCUCAUGUUUGUGGCUUCAGAGCCGUUUGAUGAAUUCAUGAUCUUGACUGUGGAGGAUAAAGUUGGACCUGGAAGAGAUGAGAUCCUAGGGAGGAUGAUUAUCCCUGUUAGGGAACUUCCACAUAGGAUGGAAACAGCUAAGUUUCCUGAUCCUCGAUGGUUCAACCUCCACAAGCAUUCACAUGGUGAUGAAGAGGGUGACAAGAAAGAGAAAAUGAAGUUUGCUAGCAAAAUUCACCUGCGUCUCUGCUUGGAGGCAGGUUACCAUGUGUUGGAUGAGUCGACUCACUUCAGCAGUGAUCUACAGCCAUCGUCGAAGCAUCUGAGGAAGGCUCCAAUUGGAAUUUUAGAGCUUGGGGUACUGAGCGCUAAGAAUCUAUUACCCAUGAAAGGGAAAGAGGGGAGAUUGACUGAUCCGUACUGUGUGGCCAAGUAUGGUAACAAAUGGGUGCGAACACGAACCCUUCUUGACACUCUUGCACCCAAGUGGAAUGAGCAAUACACUUGGGAGGUCUUUGAUCCCUGCACUGUGAUCACUGUUGGAGUGUUUGACAAUAAUCAUGUCAGUGGGAAUGAUGCAAAGGAGCAAAGAAUAGGGAAGGUUAGAAUCAGACUAUCUACACUAGAAACUGAUAAAAUAUACUCACAUUACUACCCUUUACUAGUGCUUACUCCUGGGGGAUUGAAGAAGCAUGGGGAGCUUCAGUUAGCAGUGAGAUUUACUUGCACAGCUUGGGUGAACAUGGUUGCACAAUAUGGAAGACCACUUUUACCCAAAAUGCAUUAUGCGCAGCCCAUUCCUGUCAAACACAUUGACUGGUUAAGGCACCAAGCUAUGCAGAUGGUGGCUAUCCGAUUAGCUCGAGCAGAACCGCCCCUACGUCGAGAGGUUGUGGAAUACAUGCUUGAUGUGGACAUCCAUAUGUUCAGCCUGAGAAGAAGCAAGGCAAAUUUCUUCAGAAUCAUGUCAGUAUUAUCAGGAAUAUCAGCUGUUUGCAGAUGGUUCAAUGACGUCUGCACAUGGAGAAACCCUAUAACAACAUGCCUUGUUCACGUUCUGUUCUUGAUAUUGGUUUGUUACCCGGAACUCAUACUUCCCACUAUCUUCCUUUACCUGUUUGUGAUCGGGGUUUGGAACUAUCGCUUUAGGCCGAGGACUCCACCCCACAUGGAUGCUCGGAUUUCACAUGCAGAACAUGUCCACCCCGAUGAACUUGAUGAGGAGUUUGAUACAUUUCCAACAUCCCGACCUAACGAGGUAGUCAGGAUGCGGUAUGACCGGCUUCGAAGUGUGGCAGGUCGGGUUCAGGCGGUGGUGGGAGAUCUGGCAACCCAAGGAGAGAGAGCACAGGCGUUGCUGAGCUGGAGGGAUCCAAGAGGAACAGCAAUAUUCAUUUUCCUGUCUCUGAUAUUUGCAGUAUUUCUGUAUGUGACUCCCUUCCAGGUGAUUGCAGUGCUGGUGGGGCUUUACAUGCUUCGGCAUCCACGGUUCAGGUCCAAGAUGCCUUCUGUCCCAGUCAAUUUCUUCAAGAGAUUGCCUGCAAAAUCUGACAUGCUUCUAUAACACCAGCUCAGAUUAGCCUGUCAAUAAGUUUUCCAAACUUCAGUUCAUGGAGAAAGACCUAAUUCUCCAAGAGUCGCUUCGCUUCGCUUUUUUUCUUUUCUUUUAUCUUCUUGUAAUGUAAAGAACCUAGCGAUUCUUUUCUGUUAUGUUAUUAUUCUAUAUUUUGUACAAUUUAGUCAUAAAUUGAUGAGUAACGUCAAAUUUUGGCAA